AUGGCAAAUACAGGUUUAUUGCCAUUUGUUCGUGGUGUUGACUUCACGUGUAAUGAUUUCAGUAAUGACAAAUUUCCUGAUGCCAUUCGGUACAUGACAGGACUGCAAUGGCUCAGGCUGGAUAAAACAAACUUAAAUGAUAUCCCUGAAGAAUUAGGGAAACUUAUGAAAUUGGAAAACUUGUCAUUGAAAAAUAACAGUUUGGAAAAAUUGUUUGGUGAACUGACUGAAUUAAAAUGUCUGCGUUCAUUGAAUGUAAGGCAUAACAAGGUUAAAAGUUCAGGAAUACCCGCUGAACUGUUCUGGUUAGAAGAACUCACUACUCUAGAUUUAUCUCACAAUAAAUUGAAAGAAGUUCCCGAAGGAUUAGAAAAGGCCAAAUCACUACUGGUUUUAAACCUCAGUCAUAAUAAAAUAGAGAGUAUACCACCUACAUUAUUUGUUCAGUUAACAGAUCUGUUAUUUCUUGAUUUAUCCAACAAUCUUUUGGAGACUCUACCUCCUCAGACACGGAGAUUGGCAAAUCUUCAAACUCUUAUACUGAAUGAUAACCCUUUGGGACUUUUUCAACUACGACAACUGCCAUCUUUACAAAAUUUGGAGACUCUUCACAUGAGAAAUACGCAACGCACUCUUGCCAACCUGCCUACUUCUCUAGACACACUGUCGAACUUAUCUGAUGUAGACCUCUCGAAAAAUGCCCUGACUAAAGUACCCGAUGCACUAUACUCCCUCCAGAGCCUUAAGAGGCUAAACCUCAGCGAUAAUGAAAUUACUGAAGUAUCUUCAGCUAUGGAUAUCUGGCAAAAAUUAGAGAGUUUAAAUCUAUCGAGAAAUAAGCUGACAUCACUGCCCGCAUCCCUGUGCAAGUUGCAAAACUUGAGGCGAUUACACGUUGACGACAACCAAUUGGAUUUCGAAGCCAUACCUUCUGGUAUUGGCAAACUUGGAAACUUAGAGGUAUUCUCUGCAGCAAACAAUCUGCUGGAGAUGAUACCUGAAGGACUCUGCAGAUGUGGUUCCCUCAAAAAGCUUAACCUGAGUUGCAACAAGCUAAUCACGUUACCUGACGCGAUCCAUCUCUUGAGCGACUUGGAAAGCCUUCAAUUACACGGAAACCUGGAACUGGUGAUGCCACCGAAGCCCGUGGAAAGGGCUCGAGGCGCUGGCCUGCAGUACUACAACAUUGACUUCUCGCUACAAGCGCAGUUGCAAUUAGCUGGCGCCACUAACAGUGAACCAGCUACUCCAAAUAGCGUGAAGUCGGACCCCAUAGCGCGCAAGUUGCGUCUGAGACGCGGACGUGCCGAGCCCGAGCAGCGCGACUCGGCGCUCAUCCUGCGCGGCAUGCAGGAGCAGGCCAGCACGCAGCAAGUCAACGACCUGCGCCACGACCAACGAAACAGCGAGCUCAAGCCCAAGCGUUGGGACGAAACCCUGGAGAAGCCCCCGUUGGACUACUCGGAGUUCUUCGACGAAGACACCGGACAAACGCCCGGCCUGCAAGUGUGGGAGAUCGAGAACUUCAUACCGGCGCCCGUCGAUGAGGUGGCUCACGGGAAAUUCUUUGAGGGCGACUGUUACAUCAUAUUGAAGACGACGGUCGAAGAACAAGGCCAAUUAUCCUGGGAUAUCCACUUUUGGAUAGGAUCGAAAGCUACUCUGGAUAAAGGUGCUUGUGCGGCGAUGCACGCCGUCAAUCUCCGCAAUUUGCUCGGCGCCAAACGCACACAACGCCACGAGCAAGGGGACGAGACGGCCGAGUUCAUGGCGCUGUUCUCCACGCCGCCCGUCUACAUACAGGGCAGCCACACGCCUUCCGGCUUCUUCACCGUUGACGAGCCACACUAUGUUACGAGACUUUACCGCGUACACGCCAGCGGUCACAGCAUCCAUCUGGAGCCAGUGCCGGCUCGCAGUGACUCGCUCGAUCCCCGCUUCGUGUUCGUGCUGGACGCCGGCCUGCUCAUCUACCUGUGGAACGGUAAAAAGGCGAAGAACACACUGAAGUCUAAAGCACGUUUAUUCGCCGAGAAGAUCAACAAGGAGGAGCGGAAGAACAAGGCGGAGCUGGUCGCCGAACCACCUGGUAAAGAGCCCGCUAGGUUUUGGAAGAUGCUCGAAUACGAGGGAGAGUUACCGUAUGAACCACAGGAACACGUGCCUGAAGAUUUCGUUUGGGCCCCGCCGCGGUUGUACCGCGUGGAGCUGGGCAUGGGGUAUUUGGAGCUGCCACAGCCCGAGGUGGCGCCGUACGCGCGCGACGUGCUCGCCACGCGUAGCGUCUACAUACUGGACGCGCACGUGGACGUGUUCGUGUGGUUCGGUAAGAAAUCUUCCCGGUUAGUGCGUGCGGCCGCCGUGAAACUGGCCCAGGAACUGUUCAACAUGGUCGCGCGACCGCCGCACGCGCUCGUCACCAGGCUGCAAGAGGGCACGGAAACACAAAUAUUCAAGACAUACUUCUUGGGUUGGGACGAAGUGAUCGCCGUAGACUUCACUCGCACCGCGGAGUCUGUGGCGCGCACCGGCGCUGACCUCGCCAGCUGGGCCAAACAGCAGGAGACCAAGGCGGAUCUGACAGCGUUAUUCACGCCUCGUCAGCCGCCGAUGCAGGCGUCCGAGGAGAAAAACCUGGCGGACGAGUGGAACGAAGACCUGGAGGCCAUGGAGGCGUUCGUUCUAGAAGGAAGACACUUCGUACGGCUACCGGAGAACGAGCUGGGCGUGUUCUAUAGCUGUGACUGCUACGUGUUCCUGUGUAGAUAUGUGCUGCCCGCUGAGCCUGAAGAUGAAACUGAUGGAUCGAACGGUAUCGAAGCAGACGAGGGCGAGUCAGAAGCUGCGCCCUGGGUCGUGUACUUCUGGCAAGGUCGCCGCGCCCCCAAUAUGGGUUGGUUAACGUUCACGUUCGGGCUGGAGCGCAAGUUCAAGCAGCUUUGCCGCCGUCUUGACGUAGUACGCACCCACCAGCAGCAGGAGAGUCUCAAGUUCAUGUCGCACUUUCACCGCCGGUUCAUCAUCAGGGACGGCAAGAGAAACCAGAAACCUGAGGGUGGCCGGCAACCGGUAGAGUUGUUCGAGCUGCGCAGCAACGGGUCGGCGCUGUGCACCCGCCUCGUGCAGGUCAAACCCGACGCUACGCAACUCAACAGCGCUUUCUGUUACAUCCUGAACGUCCCGCUAGAGGGCUCCAACGACACGUCAUCGGCCAUAGUGUACGCUUGGAUCGGCAACAAAAGUGACGCGGACUCUGCCCGUCUCAUCGAGCAGAUCGCCGAGGAGAAGUUCAACAACCCGUGGGUUAGCUUGCAAGUAUUGAACGAAGGCAGCGAGCCAGACAACUUCUUCUGGGUGGCGCUGGGCGGGCGCAAGCCUUACGACACCGACGCCGACUACCUCAACUAUACGCGACUGUUCCGGUGCUCCAAUGAAAAAGGGUACUUCAUCGUCUCCGAGAAGUGCACGGACUUCUGCCAGGAUGAUUUAGCCGACGACGACAUCAUGAUCUUAGAUAAUGGUGAACAAGUGUUCCUGUGGUUGGGCGCUAAAUGCUCAGAGGUUGAAAUAAAACUCGCUUACAAAUCAGCUCAGGUAUACAUUCAGCACAUGAAGUCAGUGCAACCAGACAGGCCGCGCAAACUAUUUCUCACUUUAAAGAACAAGGAGUCGCGCCGUUUCACUAAAUGCUUCCACGGCUGGGGAGACCACAAGAAACCUCCAGAAUAA